AUGGUACUACCGACUGAGGUUUACAUGGCCCUACCAACUGAAGCUCUCAUGGCCCUACCAACUGAGGCUCCCAUGGCCCUACCAACUGAGGCUCUCAUGGCCCUACCAACUGAGGCUCCCAUGGUCCUACCAACUGAGGCUCUCAUGGCCCUACCAACUGAGGCUCUCAUGGCCCUACCAACUGAGGCUCUCAUGGCCCUACCAACUGAGGCUCUCAUGGCCCUACCAACUGAGGCUCCCAUGGUCCUACCAACUGAGGCUCUCAUGGCCCUACCAACUGAGGCUCUCAUGGCCCUACCAACUGAGGCUCCCAUGGCCCUACCAACUGAGGCUCUCAUGGCCCUACCAACUGAGGCUCUCAUGGCCCUUCCAACCGAGGCUCUCAUAGUCCCACCUUUCAAAAAUUAA